AGGGAGGAGGGCCUUCGGGCUCACCUGGCUUCAGCAGCCCAGACACCGGACCUCCUGCCGGCUCCGGGAGGCAGGGUAGAUCCUGGGCGGGGUUUUCCCUCCACGGGUGCAGGAAGCUUCAGGAGAGUUCCGAGUGAAGAGUCAACCCUGGAGAGGAGGGAGCACGCUGAGCUGCUUGCAGAGCUACCUUGUCAUCUGCUCCCUGAUUCCUGCAGCUGGAACGAGGUACCAGCCAUGCUCAGCACUCAGGCGCCUUUCUUCUUCCCCAUGGGCCACUUCAUCCUCUUUGUCUUCGUGGCUUCCACCAUAUUUCACCUUCAGCAGCGGCUAGCAAAGAUUCAGCCCACGUGGGAGUUGGUGCCGGCGAGGACAACAUCUCGACACGAGCCAUUGGAGACAAUGGAGAACACCACCGGGAGCCAGCAGCCCAGGGGUAUGUGGACGAUCAACGCAAUAGGGCGCCUGGGGAACCAGAUGGGCGAGUACGCCACCCUGUACGCCCUGGCCAAGAUGAACGGGCGGCCGGCCUUCAUCCCGGCCCAGAUGCACAACACCCUAGCCCCCAUCUUCAGGAUCACCCUCCCCGUCCUGCACGGCUCCACGGCCAGCAAGAUCCCGUGGCGGAACUACCACCUGAACGACUGGAUGGAGGAGGAGUACCGCCACAUUCCCGGGGAGUACGUGCGCCUCACCGGCUACCCCUGCUCCUGGACCUUCUACCACCACCUCCGAGACGAGAUCCUCCGGGAGUUCACCCUGCACGACCACGUGCGCCAGGAGGCCCAGACGUUUCUGCGGGGUCUGCAGGUGAAUGGCAGCCGGCCAAGCACCUUCGUGGGGGUCCACGUGCGCCGGGGGGACUACGUCCGCGUCAUGCCGCGGGUGUGGAAGGGCGUGGUGGCCGACCGGCGAUACCUAGAGCAGGCCCUGGACUGGUUCCGGGCCCGCUACAGCUCCCCCGUCUUUGUGGUCACCAGCAAUGGCAUGGCCUGGUGUCGGGAGAACAUAGAUGCCUCUCGUGGUGAUGUGAUCUUUGCUGGCAAUGGCAACGAGGGCUCACCCGCCCAGGACUUUGCGUUGCUGACACAGUGUAACCACACCAUCAUGACCAUUGGGACGUUCGGGAUCUGGGCCGCCUACCUCGCCGGUGGAGAGACCAUCUACCUGGCCAAUUACACCCUCCCAGACUCUCCCUUCCUCAAAGUCUUUAAACCAGAGGCAGCCUUCCUGCCCAAGUGGAUUGGGAUCGCAGCAGACCUGUCCCCACUACUCAAGCACUGAUGUUAGCUCAUCUUUGGCAUCCCCUUCUCCUUUUCUAGCUCCCCCAAGAUCAGUUCCAAGGCAUGAGGAGCACAUUGUUACAUGCACCAGGACCCUUUCCUCUUGAAUCAGAAUGCUUUGGGCUGCAAGUAACUGAAGGCCCAACUAACUUGUUUAAAUAACAUAUUCAUGUGGCUCGCACAAGACCAAAGGUGGCAGAUGUCCAGUGUUAGUUAAUUCAGCAGCUCAACAAUGUCACCAGUGACCCCAAUUCCAUCCAUCUUCUUGAGCUGCCAUCAUCUCCUCUUAGACCAGCUCCCUCAUGGUCCCAAGAAGGCUACCACAUACCCAGGUGUCACAUGCAGACAACCCUUCCCAAGGCAGCAAAAAGAGGUUCAUUCUUAUCUUAGGUCCCUUUUGAAGAGUGAGGGAAAACUUCUAAAGCCUUCCAGCAACUGCCCCCCAUGUCUCAUUGACUGGAAGUGUGUCACGUACCCACGUGACCCAUUACAAGGCAAGGUGAAUGAGACCCUGGGAUUGGCUAAGCCUCAGAUCAAUAAAUCUUUGCCUCCUGCACCUGGGGGGUUGAUCAGCCUCCUCUGAAGGACAUGGCAGCUUGCAGAAAGAAAAUUGAUGUACUCUUACCAAGGAAGAAGGGAAGAAUGGCUGCAGAUCACAAAGCAGCGAAGCCCUGAAUAGUUGUGCAGGUCCUUCACUACACAGCGGCUGUUGGCCAAGGAGGCAAGUGGGGCUUAAAUAGAGCCCACAGUCUACUUUCCAAGCCAUGUGCCCUUGGAACUGUGUCCAUCCAGAGGGCUCACCUUUUUCUAGUUAGUCCGUCCAGAGAGACCUUUCGUCCAGUUUUCACAAGAGCACCAUAUUGGCUAGUAGCUGGUGUGUGUCCAACCCUGUAUGCCCCACCUCUGCAACCCUGGCUUCCUAGGGCCUAGGAUGAUUAUUGUGGAGAACUCAGAGACCAGCAUGGCUCAGUGAACUUGAGGAGAGUCCAUUCAUUCUUUUAGUAAAUGUUUGUGGUGCUGAACCUAACAGACAGGAUCCUCGCUCUCAAGGGCUGCAUUAAGAAAACAUAGUGGCUUAAAACAACAGCGAUUUAUUAUUUUCCACAAUUCUGUGGGUCAGCUGGGUGGUUCUCUGCUCCGUGCAAUGUUGCCUGAGGUCUCUCAUGCAGCUGCAUUUAUGUAGAGCUCAGUUAGAGCGUCUCGCUCUCCUCCACGUGGCCUGUCCUGCAGGAUAGCUUGGACUUCCUCACAACAUGGUUUUCAACUUGUUUUCUGGAACACCCACUCUUGGAGCCCUCAGUCAUCACGAUUACAUAAGAAGUCCAUCUAUCUGAAGCCGCCAUAUCGUGAGGGAGCCCGACCCCACGAGAGGCCACAUGUAGGUGCUUCACUUAAUAGUCUCAGCUGAGGCCAACUUCAAGUCAUCCGAUAUGUGAGUGAAGAAGCUUCCAGAUAUUCCACACUGUUCAAGUCAGCCUAGCAUUUAGAGUGAGCCAGCUGAGGCUCCUGAAAACAUGUUGCAGAGACAAGCCAUAUCUGAAUUACUGUUUCACAGAUUCUGUGAGCAUAAUAAUAUGAUUGUUUUAUGCCACUAAGUUUUGGGGUAGUCUAUUAUGCAGCCGUAGAUAACUGAAAUAAGCUAAAUAAAUUAUUCUGUGUAUUUGCAGACACUUUCAUGACUUUGGCGUGAACUAGGCCAACAUGAACUUCUCCACCUGACUUGGGAUCCCAUGUGCAAAGGCUCUGUGGCAGGGGGUAGUCUAGUUAUACAUGAGAGUGAAACGAGGCCAGGGUGGUUGGAGCACAUGGAGACAGAUGUGGGUGGAGAGGUUAGCAAGGUCAGACCAUGAAAGGCCUUGUGGACCAUGACAAGGACUUUGGGUUUUAUUCCAAGACCAAUGGGAAGCCAUCAGAGGGUUUUAGUUAGGGGAGUGACAUGAUAUGAUUUGCUGUGUGGACAUAUAUGGGUGUUAUGUGGAGAAAGGGCCAUGGGGGCAAAGGUGGAGGCAAAGAGACCCAUGAGAUGGCUUCUGUAAUAUCCCCAAUGAGCAAUGAUGGUGGACUAAGGAAGUAAUGGUAGAGGUAGAGAGAAGUCUCAUUUCAAGAGCCCAACAGGGACUCCUAGUGUCUCUCUGUCAUAGUUUCACCUUUCUGAAAGAAACAAUCUGAUUGCCUCCAUCAGAUGGAUGUUUGAGUCAAGCAUCCACCAUGGGCCAAUGACCUAAGGCUGUGGGGAGGGGUCGCCUAAUUCAAGGAUGGCUGCCAUGUUUGUAAGGGAGUUGGUUCCCAGAGAAGGUAAUGAAAGAAUAUAAGGAUUCGAAAGAUGCUCCAAAAAUGGGUACAUAGGAAAAAGUUUUUGCCACUCACAUUUCAGCUUCACUGAAGCACAUCAUGCAGUCACACCUAAUUUCCAAGAGGGCGAGCAAGACCAAUCUGUCCACAUGCCCCAUAAUAUUAGUGCACAGCUCUAAUAACUACCUCACAUCUCCUUACAGCCUCCACAGUCUCUCUGGGUGGGUCUCUUAGGGCCUCUUUCUUUUGGCUUGGCACCCACAGAAUGGGGUACCACAGUACUUACUAGGCUAAUAGGUCUCUGCUUGAACAGCUCUAAGGAAUCCCCUUUCAAAUUUCCGGUCUUAUUUUACACAGCUUGAAUGGGUGUUGGUCACUCGACCAGGUUUUGCUAUUUAAAAAAAUAAUAAUAAAUCUUACAUUAAUUUGUUUAUAAAUUUAGCAUUCUUUCUUUUUUUAAUGUACAUUUUUAAAUGUAUUUUGGGGACACAUUUUACGUGUUUCUAAACUAAAACAACAUCAUGGUUGGUUGUAGUUUCCAAAGAUGGCCGUGACAACAUCUCCCCUUGAUUUUAACCCCUCUGAUCUUCCCCUGCCCGUCCCCAUCUCAGUAAAUGGCACUAUCCAUUUACUUCAACCAAAAACUUGAACUUACUCUUGAUUCUUUCUUUCACAUUCCAUCUACCAGCAAGUUCUGUCAGCUUUACCUUCAAAAUAUACCCUGAAUCUGACCUUGUUUCCCUCCUCUACUAACACUAUCCAUUCAAGUCACCACCAUCUCUGCUUGGACAUCUGAAAAAGUCUCUUUAAAAACAAAUUAAAGGGGCUGGCCCCAUGGCACAGCGGUUAAGUUUUCGCGUUCCGCUUCAGCGGCCCGGGGUUCACCAGUUUGGAUCCUGGCACGGACCUACUCACCGCUCAUCAAGCCACGCUGAGGUGGCAUCCCACAUAG